GUUUCACCCAUUUUCAAUAACAAUGGAGGUGUUCAACAAAGCCAAGGCCGUGAGACUCCGAGCCCACAACGACAAGUAUCUAGUAGCCGACGACGACAACCAAACCAUCCGCCAGAGCCGCAACCGCACAUCUCGCAAAACUAUAUGGGUAGUAGAAGCAGUAUCGGAUCAAGGCAUACGGCUCAAGAGCCUGGCCCGUGGUCGGUACUUGAGCGCAUCGGAUUUGCCAUUCCUGCUGGGGAUGACGGGGAACAAGGUGAUGCAGGUGGAGGUCGAGAAAGGUUCGGAGUGGAUGGUGAAAUGGGAACCGGUGCAGGAAGGGUUCCAGGUGAAGCUGAGGAGUUGGUGUGGGACUUACUUGAGAGGGAAUGGUGGGACUCCCCCUUGGAGAAACUCGGUGACUCAUGAUCAGCCUCACACUUCCGCUACUGGGAAGUGGAUUCUGUGGGACGUGGAGAUUGUGGAUCAUUUUGAAUUCGAUGGCUUAGCCUCUUUCUCUAGCUUUGCUUCUGAUGAGCCCUUUGGGUCCGAACCUCCAACACCCUUGACUACUAAAACACAGAUUCGUCACAGCUCGUCUGUUAUGGAUUUGUUUCGCAAUGCUAAAACGAUCAGACUCCGGAGCCACCACAAGAAGUAUUUAUCCGCUGAUGAAGAUGAGGAAUCCGUCGUUCAGGACCGGAAUGGAUCAUCCAAGAACGUUAGGUGGACUGUCGAGUUCGUUUCCUUCUCCGAUGCUAUUAUCCGCCUGAAAAGCUGUUACGGGAAGUACUUAAUGGCGUCCAACCAGCCGUUCUUGCUUGGAAUGACUGGGCGGAAGGUUAUGCAAGCUCGUCCUGAACGGUUUGAAUCUUCGCUUGAGUGGGAGCCGGUUAAGGAUGGCUCCUUCCUUCGUCUCAAAACAAGGUACGGUAAUUACUUGAGAGCUAACGGCGGUGUUCCCCCGUGGCGGAACUCGGUUACUCACGAUGUACCGCACCGGGCUUCUACUAAGGAUUGGAUUCUAUGGGAUCUUGAUGUUGUGGAUAUCGAAACUCAAUCUUCUGUUCAUAAAACCCUAGAUCAUCCCUCCGACCCGGAUUCACCUCUGGAGGUGGAUUCAAUUUCGUCCUCGGUUUCACAAGAUUCCGCUCGUCCUUCAACUGCUGAGUACAACGUUGGUGGAGGAUCAAAUUCACCUCCAAAAUCAGAGGGGAGGAGGAUAUCUUUCCUAUUUGCUGAUGAAAAUGGAGAAGAUGAGGAUUCAGAGAGACAUUCAUUGAAUUUCAAUGGGAAAGGAGUGGAGGAUUUGACUCGUAAAUUAGAAGAAGAGAUGGGAAUUGAAGGUGUAGUUGUAUGUACUCGUAGCCCUCUGAAUGGAAAGCUUUACCCAAUUCGGUUGCAACUUCCUCCCAACAAUGGAACUUUGAAGGUUGUUCUAGUUCUGAAGUCUUCCACAUUGGGAAGUGAGUUUGAGAAACAAGGCUUGCUUUGAUAUGAUAUAGAAGAGAAAAGGUUGAUUCAAACAGGGGCCAGGCCAAAGCAGAACACAAAUCCUACCCUCAUCAUAGUAAUGAAGAACAGAGAUGUAUUGAAGUAAUGUAUAGUGAGUACUGAGUAGUGUAGAUAAUAUAUAUGGUGAAGAAGAAGCAGGAGGGGAGGGGAUGGCGUAUUUGAUUUUAUUUGAAUUCAUUAUUAAUUAAAUAGACAACAACAUAGUAGCAGUAUUCUUUUAAAUCUUUUUUCUAUUGGAUUCUAUGUUGUGUUGCACUAUGAAAUAUAAACACUUUUGUGUUUUUGUAGAAGUUGAGUAUUAAAUAAAUUAUUUGCUGCCAUUUCAACUGCUCUUA